AAAUGUUUGUAAACAAUAGAAAGACAAAUGAACUUCGAAUUCCAAAAUGGAAACAAAUUUAUAUAAGGGAAAUGUUACAACAUUUCGGAAUCAACCUUCGUAUAGGGUUUUCAACAAAUCGAUUGAGCACACCGACGACUCACUUUUUACCUUUCUAAACGAUGUCGAUUCGGAGUUGUUGAAGGAUGAGCAAGUGGCUCGAUCGAACGUUUUUACAUCAUAUGCCUCUCGAUUUACAAGAAAGGAUCCACGCACGCAACAAUUGAUGAAUUGCACCAUUUAUGACCACACAACGAAUCUGCUGGCAUAUGAGUUUCCAAAUCCGCAGGAGCGCUUUUCAUCGCUAAGUGCCGCUCAGCAGACUGCCUGUCUACGCUUGCUUCUGGCCUGGCAACAAAACUUAGCAGAGAGCGAGGAUGAUUUCGUCGUGUGGCGUGUAACGAAUGGCAAACGGUGCAAGGAGCAGCAAUUGGUACAAAAGCACAUUUUUGACUAUGCCAAUGCACAGAAGGAAAGGAUCUAUGCACCGAUGAAGCCGCUGGUCCUGCUCUAUAGCAAAUGGUUCACGAUGCGAAUGCAACAUGUGAUCCGUGGACUACCUAAUCACAGUUACGCAACUCAUUCUGGUCUGCCACAGCUUUCGCAAUGCAAGGCUCUCAAUGAACAAGCAGCCAGCAUGGAAGAUAUCCACCUAAUUUGUCAUCGAGGUCUCGUCAGACUCUGGCCAGAGGUACGAAUGUCAGGACAGGAGCUAAGCAACCUGCGUGUAAGGUUGGAACGUUACGCCUAUGCUGGGACAUCAGAUAAGCCCGCUUCCCAACUGGUUGAAACUACACUGGAGCAGCACCUGCUGGAAGCAGAUAAGGAUGUGUAUGUGGUGCCCUUGGAAUCACUACUACUGCUGUUGACGCCUGGUGCAUAUGUUGACUUGCCCACAGAAGUGCUGCUGCACAUUCGUGAGAUUCCAAAUAGUGAACACAAAUGCAUUCAAUUUGAGGAGCCAAUGCCAGCACGCAACUGCGGCUGGCACACAAAUAGUCGUCUCUUGACAGCUGCCUAUGCAGCCUAUGGAACAGCUCAGUGGCUGCAGCUGUCUAAUGAUGUUGAAGAAAUAAAGAAGCAGCAUGUUGCUCAACACAUAACGACACAGAAGUUGGCGAAGGAGAACGUAGGCGAAUUGUUAAUGGAGUACAAACUGUUGCCAAUCGAUGACGAUGCUCCCGUUGUAACUGAGGCUAAAGCCAACUGCGCACUGGUCAGCUGGCGGCUACGUGCUGCAGAAUCAAAGGAAAGUUUGUUAAUGUAUAGCAGCCUAUCAGUUGCAGCUGUACGUGAUCCUGCGGCCAACCAAAUUCUAGGUUGCCAUCUCAUCAAGCUGGAGAAUAAGCCCGAUUGUGGCUGUGAGAUUAUGACGAAAUACGAGCUACUUAGCGCUUGGCUACAGUUCCAACUGCUCCAAAGCAAUGUGGGUCAUUGCUCGCGGAUUUCUUUGCGAGAUCUGUCGCCGCUGUUGGAGCAGCAGCUAACGCUGAGUGCAGUGGAGCAGCAGCUGAAUGAAUACUACCAAAUAAGCAUGCCGCAGCUUCUUAGUCAGUUACAAGAGUUCCUUAAGCUGCUGCGAACCGUAGCGCCCGGGGAUUAUCUGUUACGCUAUACCAGCAAGUAUAAAGAUAAGUUUUUGCUCUGUCAGCCCACUUCGGUAGACACCCCCAAGAGCUUUAAGCUACAUGAUCUGCUGUUGGGCACCUCGUCACCUAAUGACAUUAGCUUUCUUACACAGAGUAAUAGCUAUCUGCCGAUCAGUCCGCUGCUUUGCAGUCGAUUGCAUGAACAGCUGCAGCUCUUGCCCUGUGCCUUUCCCGUCAAAGUGGGCGCCAGCAGAAAAAAGUCACUGCCAGCGACAAAAAAGAAAUCCAAGCUCGAGGAGCAGCCAACGCUAGUCCAGCGAAUACGCAAGCAAAAACCAAGAACCAGAGUAGGUCGGCGCAAAAAUUCGCGGCAACGAAAACGAGCGGUUGCCAAAGCGCAGCAGGAGCAGGACAAAGAACUAGACAAAUUUAUGUGCCUUUAAAGAAUAUUAUAUUCAAUCUAGUUUAUUAUAUUUGCACUGAAAUAUAUUAUGAUUUUAAUCGAAUUUCCCAUAGAUAGAUAGCUUCACCGCUCUGAAUUCCAAAUUGCAAAUUUCUAUUCCAACAUGUAUCUGUAUCUGUAUUGAAUUUUAUAACUAAAACAUAUUUCUUUUUACGAACUUUUAUAAUCAAUGGAUCAUUGAAGAACAAUUAAAAAUUGAAUAAUUAUGCCUUCAAAAAUUUGA